AUGCUACCUGCAUCUCCGCUCUCAACGCUGAGCGCGACGUUGCUGGCCGCCGUUCACUCGGAUGCGUCGGACCAAGAGUUGCAGGAUGUGGACUGGACUGUAGUCUCCUCCGAACUCGAGGCCCUGCGUUUGCGUACACAGGAGGAGCUGGCGGAGCUGGGAACAGCACUGGAUCUGGUCGAGGCACCAGACCGUAUUAACACAAUCGAAGAGCAUGACGAAGUUUUAGCGGUGCACACUGAACUUAAGUCACUACAACCACAACUCACUCUUGCAGAGCAGCAUUUCCUACAGCUAGAGAGAAUCGUUCGACCAGGGCUCACCAAGCUGCAGACGCUUCACAGUCGAGCCAAGUAUCUUGAAGCGGCCGUGCAGGUUGAGAAGCUGAGUCAUGAAGCCAAGACGCAGGCCGUCCAAGCCACACCUGACGCACUUGAGGCGUUCAAGACUUUUGCUACUUUUGCUGCUUCUAUUCCCGACGAGUUUUCCGUCAUUAAACGAGAAGCAGCUCGUCGCGUGGAGGAUCUAUCGGUGGAUCUCCGUCAAUUUGCAGUGGAGAAACUUCAGUUGGCACUGGAGAAGAUCGGGUGGCCAGAACCUUUGAAAACGCAGCAGGACUUCGCUAAAAAGGAGACGGAGCUUCACGACGUGUCGAAGGCCUUCGCGUACUUGUUGACGUUACAACUUAGUCAACAACCUCGGUCUCUAGCGGCGACGACGGCUCUAUGGGCGAUGGAUUGUGUGCUGGACCCUCUGCUCCUGCGCUUCCGUUACCACUUCGAGCGACCUGAGAGCGCGACGAAUCGUCUAGCCAAGCCUGAAUGGUAUCUGAGCCACGUACACGAGCAGACCAACGCACACACGCGGCUCCUGGCCCAUGCUCUUACCCCGGAGCUGCAUCGCCACCGAGAAGAAAUCCAUUGCUGGGACGCACAGAUCCUCGUACUGCGUGGACUCGUGGAAGCUGCUUGUCGUAAACUGACACGGGAUCUGCCCACGUUGUUAGCGCACCCGCCUCUCUUGUGUCAUACUCUGGACGAAGUUCUUCUCUUUGAACAGAAUAUUGACGAGGACAUCGGCUACGGGUCUUGGGCCAAUACCGACCGCCGUGGCUAUCCGCGUGUUAUCGAUGUGUUCACAUCAAGUAGUGACGUAUUGUUCGCCUGGACCAGCGCGGACGUAGAGUACGCGCACCGCCAGGACCUGGCCCCUCCGGUUACUCUCCGGUUUGUCGCCCUCCUGGACUUCCUCUCGCAGCGAUUCAUGCUCAUGGAGACGGAGGAGCACAGAUAUCUGUACGUCAUGCAAGUGCAUCUACCGCUUCUGCAUCGCUUUGGCCAGGUGUGUGAUGCUCGUGGACGCCAGCUGAUCAGUGCGUUGUCCAAGAAUAUGCAGAGCUCAUGGGGAGAGCUGUUCGUGGUGGUGAAUGCGCUGCAACAUGUAGCUCAGACACUGGCUGCUUGGGAGCAGAGUAGCGUUUUUCUCGAGCUGUCGCGGAAGGUUGCGCGCUCGGAGACGACGAGGGCUCAGGUGUUGCGAAUGCACGUGGCGUACUCGAAGCAGGUACUUGCGCGUGCAUCUGCUGCUGUGCUGGCUACAGAAGAAGCGACGGCAGUUCGACGAGCGCUGGCUGGACCAGGAGCCAUGAUUGGACCUACGGCCGCACUCACCGCUGCAUAUUCGGUGGGAUCCAAGACCGUUAAGAGCCUUUUCCGCCAUCAAGACGAUCCUGAGACACUUGUCUUCUCGCACACGCUAUUCGAGCGGCAGAUUGCGGAGCUCAAGGCGCUGGCUUCGACGUUGCUUGAAGGAGGCACGAACACGUUGGUGCGUGCAGUGGAACGUGACGUGGAGACUUAUCGCUCGAGCCCCUUCUGGACGGAGACGUACGAUGACGAUGCAGACGAAAACCAAGUGCAGAUCAUGCGCGGAGUUUCUUGUGAGUUGGCGAGCUGUUACACGUCGGUCAGCAACGUCCUGUUGUGCGCGCGUAAACUUUUGGUGUCCGAAUACUGGCCCGCUCUUUGGAAACCUUUGGCAUCGGCUCUCGACGACGCUCUCUUUGAUGCAUUUUACAACCCUCGCCAAUUCGCUCAAGACAUCAAGGCACUCGUAGCAGUCUUCUCGGCAGGCUCAUCGAAGACGCUGCCUCGGUCGUACUUCCGUCUUACACGCGAGGUCUGCCACCUCUUGGAGAUGCCUGCGUCUCGAUUACUUGAUCAGCUUACGACCAUCUUAGAGGCGUGUGGGGUCUUCUCUCUGACGCCAGCUCAAGUCGUGUGGAUAUGCACCACCCGGUUGGAUGUUGACGCUCGAGAAACCUCGACCAGUGUGGCAUAA